CAUUCUUAUUCUAGAAGUGCAGUAACUCAGUUUUAGGCCUUGCCCUAUUUACAUAUUUAUUUAACAGUGUGAUGAGUGUGAGUGACCAGUAUUCAGUAUGGCCACUCACAUUUUGAAUUCGAAGUGUCUACGUACAAGUUGUGAACCAAGAUUACAGAUUCCAGAAUGGCUGCAAUCGGAUUUGAAGUCCAUGUUGACAAAGAGAAUGCGACCCCAGCAGCAGUUUUCAACAAAGGCAGUGUGCUCAAGGGCUUUGGGCCUCGGCGGGACAAAAAGCUAACCCAGCCUACACCACGCAAAGCUCUGUUUGAUGUCAACAAUGAUCAACAGCUGUCAAAGAAAGUUGGUCUUGGCAAGGAGUCAGGUUUAUCUGGGGAAUUGUCUAAGCCGAACAAACCUGGGCUGAAAAUUUCCAGUGGAGUGGAGAAUAAAACUGAUGAGGUCAAGAAACCAGAGGCCAAAAAAGUAUUUCGUAAAAAGUUGCCCAAAAAAACAAAGGAACCAGAGGCUGAUAAUAAGCCACCCAAAGUGCAACCAAGCAUCAGCACAAAGCAACCGUCUCCCUCUUAUCCUGAUCCAUCGAUACCAGAGGAUGACGAGGAAUAUGACUCAGACAGUAUUUUCCCUCGAACUGAGAGGCUCAGCACGUAUGUGGAUAAACUGUUUUCUUGGAGGCCGCCUUGCCUCUUUGGUCUGAUCCCAGACAGUGAGUCAGAUCUCAGCGACCCGAAUCUUAGUAGCGAUUCUCUGGACAUCCCGAUGCCUGAACCAGAAGUUGAGGCAAUGCCAGAGGCCGACCUGUUUUCUCUCUUGGUACCACUACCGGAGGUUGAUGCUAGUGCCUCAGAAUCUUCAGGGCGCCAGUCGUCCAAUCAAGAGACGAGUGGACAGCAAGCUAGACCAUCUUUUUUGACAAGUCCCAUAGAGGAGGAUUCUAGCCUCUCUUUGACCCCGUCACCCGACACCUCUUUAUCACUUGGACAUUUGCAGGUCAUGCCUGGCAGUCUCAACACAUCCGCCAUGGAACUUUAAUCUCAGGAUGUUGAUAUCAUUUCUUCACCUCCCCUUAAAAGUUGAGACAUUUUGUCAAAUAUUUCUCUAGUUGUAAGAUUUUUUUUUUGUUAGGUCUUUGUGAGUUCAUUAUAAACAGACUCCAUUGUACUUUUGUGUUGUUGAUGAUUCACUCAUCUUUUCAUAUGAUGGGCAUUUUUGGUCUUCUGUUGGUGCUAAAUAAGACAUGAGACCUCAAGAGUACUUAAUGAAAGAAAAUUCUUUGUGUCCCCCCCACCUCCAUUAAAGCUUUAGAUGAACUUAGAAUCAACUGCUUUCCUAAGCCCUUUAAGGAAAAAAAGGGAAUAGGGGAUUGAAUUCAGAAUCUGACUUUUUACUUUUUAGUCUGCCACUGACAGACAGACAGACCUUGUCCAACCCUGUCAUAAUGCUCAUCCCCGCCUCCUUUCGGGUUCUACUCUGCACGGAACAAAAUCUGUUGGAAAUGCGAGUAGAAAUUGGUUACAUGGGUAGGCCUACCUUCCGCCAUGGAGUUUACAGUGUCUGUUUGCUCUUCGUAAAAAAAAUUCCCUCGUUGUUUAAUGUUCCCAAUAUGUCAGUAUUUGGAAAUCUCUCUUCUAUUUUGGAUUUUGAUAAUUUGUCAUAUGCCAGAGUAAAAAAAUGUGGGCUACCAUUUCCUAUAAUUAAUUGAAAUUAGUCUUCCUUGACAGUUUGCCGUAUGGCACUUUAUAUGGCACAAACUGAGAGUAGCAUGUUCUUACAGUUACAGCAAUAGCAGGUGUACGCUACCAUUAAAUGAUAAUUGCAAAUUGCUUCUGCAAAUCAAAUUUUUGAUGCGUCUAAUGGCUUAGAUAUAUUGGUUUGCGGUUUAUUUUGGUAGGAAGACUUCUAUCACCAAGCUCUCUGCAGAUCCACUAAUUUCUUAUCACUAUUCACAGAGUGCGGAUAGUGGCAUGAAAUUUUGUGCUUGGUUUACACGUGUGUGUUUUUGGAGGCUGGUAUUAACUCUUCGUGUAUUGACAAGAUUUGUUUUGUGUACUAUACAGCAAUUGUUGCUACCUCUUCCUGCCUGUCUGAGCUACACGUCCCACUUACCCUUUCUGCUAUUCCUCUUUCUUAAUCAUUAAUCUUUAAUGGUUUUGGUCUCUUGUUAUCAUGAUAUAUAUAAUGAACUUCACCUGUCAUGCUAUCUCUUCACGUUAAUCUUAUUCUAUUUUUUAAAUUCUGUAAUAUAUGUACAUAUCUAUUAAGAUAAGAUAAACUUUGUUGAUCCGCUAGGGAAAUUUUUUGUAUAUAUACCAGAACAUCAACAUACAAAGAUUCAGCAUCAACACAGAAAUGUGGGUGGUCGGCGGGUGCUCUGGUGUGGUUUGCUCUUCCUAUCGGCUAUCAAACAUCUACU